UGCUGACUCCUGAAACUCUUCAAAUGUGACUUUUUAUUUAUUUAAACUUUAUGUAACCAGAAGAGGCCUCACAGAGGUUAAAAAAAUGUUCCUGUCAAGAGUGUUCUGGCUGAGAUCAGCAGCAGCACAUCCUAACAAAGUUACAGACGUAAAGUACAUCUCAUAACAAUUUCAAACACACGUGGACAUAUCCUAGAUCACAUAAUAGAAAGUCUUCAGUCCAAGCAUCUACAGCCUGAUGCCUCUUCACCCAACACCUUCAGUCUACUUCUAAAAAACAUGUAAGAAGACCCAAAUCCUCCUGCAGCAGAUGCCAAUUCUCAAAACUCUUUUUCCAAAUAUUUAGACAAUCUCUAGGAAAAGCUAGCAAAAUUAUGUCUUGACUAGUUACAACUCCUUUCAUUGGUACAAAUUAGAGCAGUUAAUUGAACAUUUACAGCUGUAAUGCAUUGCCAUGUAACCUACUGGUCAAGCAUAGAGAAAAAAAAAAAUCAGUUCAAAAGUUUUGGUAUCUUAUCAUUGAUUUGUUGCACCCAUGUUUUAUUCUAGUUUUUUAUAAAACGGUCAAAUUCAGGCUUGAAGUAGGGGUGCACGUUGUUAGCUUUGAUGCAGAUUUGCCAGUAUUUUCAAACUAAUUUUGACCUGUACUGACACCCAUACCCAACAAAUUGCAUCAUUAGUACCUGCAGAACUGCAGGCAUCACCGUCAGUAGCGGUGAAUUCAAUGAUCUCCUGCCCAUUUUUCAUCUGUGUGUGCUCACUGUGAUGUUUCUGAGUGAAACAGAGGCUGCAAACAAGUUUUCAUGAGUGCUGUUGCUCUUUUUGUUUUUACUUUUCAGGACCUUGGUGCUUCAGGACUAUGGUACUUGAGAUACACAAUAAAACCGUCUGUGAGAAAGGAGUGUUGUUUGCAUUUCCUUGCAUUACCUUUGCUUUACAAGCUUUACAAAUACUUCAAAAUACUUCCUAGAGCUGAUGAAUGAGAGCUUGCUGGCAGGUGAUGUAAACUGUUGUGUUUGCAGGAUCAAUCAUCACCUUGCUAACCAGACGCUAUGAACGGUGGCAUUUUUCAUUUCCUUUGGUAAUCACAAUGAACUUUUGAAGCUUUUAUUCACUGAUGAAAAUAUUGUGUAGACCUGGGGGUCUGACCUUUUUGGAGUUUCUGAAGUUAACAUGAGAAUCAAAGAAAAAAAUGUGAAUUCUGACUUUUUUUUUUUGUUAUAAUUCUUAGAUUAAAUUUUAACUUUAACACCUGCCCAUGUUUAAAGUUACAAUUUGGUUAAAAUAUUCAGAGCAAUUAGAGUUUAGCCCCAGAAUUCUGGGAAAUUUGAAAUGAAAAAAGAUCUUUUUUUUGUUCUUUUACUGACCUGAAUCCUCUUCUGUAGUUGUAUGAAAUGUAGAAAUCAAGGAUUUUAUGGGAAUACUGUUUGUUGAGAGGUGAUGACCGUACUGACUUUUUCAUGAGCUGUUCCUACAAAACUGUGACACCAUCACUCAGGGGAAAGUAAGGAGCAAUUAUUACUUUAUAUGAUGAAACAUAGUUUACUGCUUGACUUAUUUAGUGCCUAAAGUUGUUAUAUGUACUGGAUAGAAAGUAGGUACAUCAGAGCCGGUCCGGUGGGAGGAGUGGAACUCCAGCUCUCUGCCAUUAUGGAGAUUCAUGCUCAGUAAAUAUAUGAGUGGAUUACAUCUAAAAAUGCUUUAAAGUCAGGUAAGUGACACAUUUUUCCUUUGAGAGGUUCAGCUGCUGUUAUGAAAGUUUCCAUUUUGGCAUUACAUUAAAAGCUUCACUGUUGUAAAAUUGCGGCGAGCUCAUUAUUUACUCGUUGCUAAGAUGAGUCACAGCCCCAAAGUCCACUGGUGACGGCAUUUUCCAUUCACCAUGUUGGACUUAUUUUACAGUGAAUGAACUUGGAAGCAUGGGUGUUUGGUGGAGAGGGGAAUGUGACUGACUACCCAGAGCGCCAGUAGAGGAAGAAGUCCUGGGCAGGUUUUUUUUUUUUUUGAGGCAGGACUGUAGCAGUAUUGUCAGUGUGAAGGGAGAUGAUUCACAAUAAUUUGUUAGGAUGAGAGAAGAAAGUGUGAACUUUUGUAUGAAGAUUGCCUCAUAAACAACUUUUAUCAGGAAUUCUUGACUAUUAUUGUACAAUCCACAUUAUGCCUGAGCCUUAAUGACAUGUGAAAAGAUAUCAAAGCCAAAAGCUUUGAUGAGUUUGAAAGUUCAAUGAGAUCAAGUGGUCCAAUCUGUGGUAGGAUUAAAACAUGAAAAAUUCAUGAGGACUGAUUAAAACCAAGCAAUCAUCAUAAAAAUGAAGUGAAAACCUGCUAAAUGCUUGAAGUAGUUCAAAUGUCUGAAAUGUGCAUAUACAGUAUUUGAUCAUUCAUAAAUGUUUUAUCUAAACUGCUGCUGAACUCACCUUUUCACAAUUUUUUUAAAAUAUAUAUUUUGUUGAUUUUAAAUAGAAUAAAGUGGCUGUAAUAACUUGCUAAUAUGUCAAGAAAGUUUAGUUUACAGCAACAGAGGGAGAGUGUGUAGCCUACUUCUUUAUAUCCACCUAGAAGACCAAAGGUGUGUUUUCUGUGUGCAUUGCUUUUAUGUAAGCAUCUGACUGUUCCACAAGUGUUAUUGUGAAUAUACUCAACUAUUCACUGUGUGUGUUUUUGGAGGAUACCUCCAGAGGGCAGGCCAUAAAGCUCAGGCUGUAUACAACUGCCAUGAUUGUGGGAUGUCAACAACACAUAAGACUGCACUGAUGGAGAUUUCACUUAUGUUAAUGCUGUGAUCAAGGGCUGAAAAUGCUACAGCAGCAGCAAUGUAGAUGGUGUGUAAGGCUACUUAAUAAAACCAGGUCAAUAGCAAGUAUAUAUCACAUGUUGUUAUGUCAUCUGAUAAUCCCUGCUAAUGUGUAUACAUGGAUGUAGCGUCUGUGACGUUGCCCAUUAGUUUGUGAAGCCGAGUUUUAAAGCCUAUCAGCAGUGGUCACCAUAUUGGUAAUGCUAGCUCAAUCCUAACUUUCAGUCAGCCUACCAGAAGCGGUCCUUCUCACAAAUAACUGCAACGUGCUUGCCUUCUAUUGGCUCUGAAGUGUAAUGGCGGUGUGAGUGCUGCAGUUGUGCAGGGUUGGCUUUGGCUGUGAUGCUGGGGUUGGGGCCCACGUGGUAUCUUUUCACAUAGCCCAGAAUUUCUGGCAACACCCCUGCUCGGAGGCUCAAACCUCAGAGCAGGUCAGUUUAUUAAAGUAAAUAAUUAGAUUAACUCUCAAUUCUAUUAUUCAGUACCUUGAUUUAUUUCUACCUUUUUGAAUAUUUUUUUUAAAUUUGUAUUUAGUAUUUCUUCUGAUGGAAGUAUUUACUUCCAUUUACAAAGUGUCAAAUACUAAAUAUGGAAAUUUUUAAAAACAGGCAAGCUUAUUUACAGCCGCAUGUUUUGUCUACACAGCAAAAUACUCAAAUCUGACAGUGAAUUUGUCUCAAUUCUAGUCAAAUAUUUCUUUAAUCUCAGAGUAAGCCUCUUGGCAUGACAGACCAAGUCUAAUCUUAUUUCAAGAUAUUUCAAGCCAAAAAUGUCUUGAUAAUUUCCUUGAAAUGAGGAUGACAUCUUGUAUCAAGAAGCGUACUUAUACAAUGUUGUUUGCCUCGUUAAGCCAUUUUUACUCAUUAUAACCCAGAGCCGGCCCAAGGCAUAAGUGAACUAAGCACCUGCUUAAGGCCCCACGGCCAGUAGGAGGCCCCCAAGAGCAAUCAAUAAUAAUAAUAAUAAUAAUAAUAACUAUUAUUAUUAUUAUUAUUAUUAUUAUUAUUGUUAUUAUGAUUUAUUUAUUUAUUUUUUUGCUAAAUUAUUGCAUGAAUGAGUGAUGCUUUCUGUAUGAUAAAAUAUAUGAUUCUUACUGUCAAUAAAAAAGCCCCGCUACCGUUAUGUGUCUCCUGCUGUGCAAUGUGCACUGAGCAUCCUGAAUGUGUAACAUUUGGAGAUUGAAAAAAAUAUGCGGCACCCUGAACAUCAUUCAUCAGUCAUUCAUUGGUAUUAUUUGUAUGGUUGCAUUGGUAUUUUUUAUGUUAUUACCUGGGCCACCCCCUUAAAUGUGUGAAGACAUGUCAGGCGCAUUAAAUUUAUACAUUAGUAGGUGUGUGAAUGAUCAACAAUCAAUAUAAUUGGCAGAAAGAAUAUCAUCAAAAAUUUAAUCUAAUAAUUUCAAAAUAAUAAAACCAAAUUUUGCUUGGGACUCCAUUGAGGCUUGGGCCGGCUCUGUUAUAACCAAUGAAGUCCUUAAUGUUUGGCUACUUUUCUUAACCGUGAAUUUAAGGAAGUGCAGCCCUGGUAAAAGUUGCUCCUCAACUAUUACGUAACUUCAGCUUUGAUGGGGUCAAAAUAAACAACCAGAUCCUUCUACUUCUUCCUACCCAAAAUAAAUCUCAAACACUGACUGUAUGUACAUUGGUCACGGGACCGUUAGGGGGCGUGGCUUGUAGCGUCAACAUUGAUUGACGUGGGAUGUACGACCAGGAAGCUAGCAGUGAGAUCACUUUCCAGAAAUCCCCUUCAGUGCUGUGUCCACGACGAGGAGCAAGAGCGACGUAGCCAGUAUAAAAAUACACAAAAUAAGAGAGCCUGCUUUCGCCUGACAUAACGAAGUGUUUGAGCUGGUUUUACAUCGAAGUCAUUUAAGGUAAGACUGUCUCUACCGGACCGUUGUAUCAUACCUAGCGGAAACGUUGUCUGUUACACGGAGGUUUCGUUUACCAAACAAGCUAACGUAACGGCUAGCUGUUUGCCUCCCUGUCUAUCAUGAUGGAACAAAUAAGACGUGCUGAUGGUUGAAUCCAAAAAAGAGAAGUUUUGUUUUUAUAGACUCACCUUUCAGCCUGGUCGUGUUUUAAAUGUUUCCCCUAUGCUAAAACCAGCCAAGAACGGUUGGUUAAUUUUUUAUGAUCGUGCAGUCAGGUGCCGUAACGUUAGCUAACGUUGAUUUACAAUAUCCCAUAUCGUAACUAGACCAUAUGAUUGAACUACAUCUUUGUUUCCGAGUAAAAGAAAAAUAGACACAGACAUAUGCCUCAGGUGGACUAUUGCAGGAGACGCCUAACCCAUUCUAAUGAAGCAGUGGUUAGUGAAGCCCUCUGUAUUAUCCCUGAGCCAUAUGUAUCUCCUCUGUUGUUACAGCGUGAAUAAAGCGGCUCAUGGCGCUCGAUUAGAAAGCACAGCGCUGAGGUUAACAUAAAUAUAUCUUUGGAGUAAGAUUCAAUCAUCCAUGAUUGUUCAAAGAAUAAUAUUCCAACUAAUACCACAACUAAUAAAUGUAGUCGAUUUAAGGAUUACAGUAAAUAGGGUGUGGGUCAGUCCAGAGCUCUGUUCCUUUUCACCGUGGUCAGCCCUCCUCCUCCUCCCUCCCACUCUCUGUGUCUCUUUCCCAGCCAUGUCAAUAGCCCAAAAUAAGCUGCCAAGAAGACCACAUUCUUUCGGAUAACCGAUUAGUUCAAGCUAACUGAAGUUAGCCCUCUUCUUCCUCUCCAGUUUCCACCACCAAAGCUUUUGGUUUGCUGGCUACAUGCUUUUCAGCGCUGAGUAGCAACGAACACAACAGAGAUGUAAAGCUUCUUCCUGGACAACUUGCUUUAAACGAAAGCUCUGCCUAGUUUUAUAAACAGCCAAAAUCUAUCUCACUUGGCAUGUGAAGUUUAGAGAGAAAUCAAUUGUUCAUCAGGAAAGUGGUUUAGUCCAGGCUCCAAACUCACUGACUCAGGUCUCAGCCCUGCUAGCCUUACAUUAAGAUAGAGCCUGACUUGCAACUGUGGCCUUAAAAACAAGAUUUAGCAUUGAAGACAACUCCUGAACUGAAACACAAGAUGGGGUCAAGGAGUGUCCGUGUUAUUAAACCAUUUUAUUCACAUAGAAAGCAUUGACAAGUCUUUGUCUGGUACAGAAACAAGCAGGUAGGAAAACUGCUUCAAGGAAAAUGUCACAAUUUUUCAAAAUCUGGAUGUGUAUCUUACGAUAUUUCUAACAGUUCUGGAAGGUGUAUAAGUAACCUGGGGAUGUAUCUUUAUGUGUAUCUUUUUAGUUAUAAAAUAACCUGUAUAACCUCGCCCCUCCUUACCUAUCUGACCUCCUCCACAUCGCCACUCCAGCACGCCACCUCCGUUCCUCUUCCUCUCUCCACCUCUCUGUGCCCCCUGUUCACCUCAGCACUAUGGGGGGCAGAGCUUUCAGUCGCUCUGCCCCCCGACUCUGGAACUCUUUACCAUCAUACAUCCGCAACAUAGACUCCCUCCCCCUCUUCAAGUCCAAACUCAAAACACACCUGUUUAAACUGGCCUAUCCCUCCCACCACCCCUAACCCACUUUUUUAAAUUAAAUUUCAAUUGGUAUUAUUAAUUUCUUUAUUUAUUCCUUUGCUGUUGUUCAUGUUUAAUGUUGCUUUGUUGAUUUUUAACUGUUUGAUGAUUAAUGAUUUUAAUUGUUAAUAGUGUUUUAUUAUUGUUUUUAUAUGUUCUGUAAAGUGUCCUUGUGUGACGUGAAAGGCGCUUCAAAUAAAAUGUAUUAUUUAUUAUUAUAAGGAUAACCUGAGUGCACAUUGCUCAUAAUUCAAGCCCUGCAUUCACUUUAUCUCUGUUCCCCAAACAGCGAUGGACCCCCCAGAAUCCUCAAUAAUAGUAAGAACUGAAAAUGUGGACAGCACAAAGAAAAAACAAAGAUGAUUAUAGACAGUGAUGGACAAAGAGCACUACUCUGUUACUUUAGACAAAAGUAUAAAUACCCCUGCACACAUAUUAUUUUAAUGGAGGUCUUAGUUCAAGUACGAAAGAACUUUAUGUAGAAAAAACUUAUUUAUUGAACCUACUUUAAAAAAAAAAUCUGAAAAAUAAUUAUUUCCAUCAUGCAUGAGUGCAGUCAGGAGUGUAUAUCCCUCAUUGUUUAUGUGCAGAAAUCAUUAUUUACAUUUUUUAACUCAUAUGCUACAGAUUGCAGCUCCAAAAAUAGCAACAAUAAAAGGGUCAACCAACCAUUUAAUAAAAACAGCAACUAGGUCACUACAAGCACAGACCGUUUUUUUUUUUAAGUGUUAAUAUGGACUAACACAAAUGUUAGCAUACCUUCUCAGGCUGGACGGUGACAUUUUGUGUUGUUUGUGAGGAAACAUUUAAAAAGAGAUGAAUCAUUUUUCAUUUUAAAUGUCCCAAACAUGGGCUUAAAAUAUGUGCAUGGGUGCUUAAGUAGAGCAUCCUUCCUCCCUCUGCCAUAUUCCUCAUUACCACCUCCAAACAAACGAUCUGAUCUGAGAAACGUUUGCUUUGUAUUUGAUGUACAUUCAACCAUGGAUACGACAUGUGCAAUAACCACACACAGAACUACACAAACACAGAUUUCAGAAAAGGAAAUUGAUCAGCAGACUUUGGAAGCAGAAGUGGCCAGCAAAAACAUUCAUAUAGAGUCAAAAGUGCAAUCUCUCUCUUUCAAAUGUGAGGUAAAAGGGAUAAGUUUCCCUCCAAGAUAAUACUCAAGUAAAGUACAGAUACUUCAAAAAAGUUCUUCAGUACUAAAAUACCUUUACUUUGCCGUUGUCCACCUCUGAUUAUACAUUGAAAAAAAUGUCUUACAGUUUAAAAGGAGACUUUCAUUUCUAUGUGGCUGUAACUUUUUCCUUACCUUCACACUUGUCUGUUACAUGUUCACUUUUUUCAGUGCGCAAGUUUGAACAGUAUCGUCUUUUUUAGUGGAAUUGUUUUUUAAAAUGCCACAUUGAAUGUUCAUGUAAAAACAGAGGUCAGUGUCGUGGCUCUCAUAGCUCAAAUGAGGGAGGAAUAUAAAGCGAGCAAACAAACACAGCUGAAAAGUAAACACAAGAAGGUAUUAAAAUGGCUCUCUGUGUCCACUGACACAAUGAUCCACUUGUCUGGGAGGACUCAGAAUAACUGAAUAGAGUAGUGGCUGGAGUAGCUGGAAGUGUUAGAUUUUGCAGUGAUGUGAUUGUGGUUUGAAUGGGUUGAUUAUUUUGGGGGCUCUUCCCUUCACUCACAAAUGUUUGCUCACACAUCCUGCUUGUCUGUGUACACAGCAUUAACAUGAGACCAAUCAGUGACUCCUUUUACUUUUUUGUUUGAGUAGACUUUUUAUGAUGGGUCUAUUUGGCACAGUGUAGUACUGUCUGAUAUUAGUAUUCUGUGGAAAUGUUGCCAUGUGAAGAAGAGUCUGUGAAUUUGAAUUGAGUUCAUUAACUACAUGUUGUAUAUUGUGUUUAUGAUUUACCGUUGCUCUAAGCUCUAUGUACUUUGUUUGUUAGUCAUAAAGUCAGUUUGUUUCAUUGUCAUUUUUUUUAUCUAGGGUGUGAUCAUGAGUCUUGUGAUUGUGACACACAACUGUCACAGUGUGGUUCGGAGAAUGGGUGAGAAAUCAGUGCUUCCUCUGUUCAAGUGAUUCUCACAGAUUUUCAAAUGCAUGUCAAAGUUCAUGUCAUGUAACUUUGAAGAUGUGUUGAUAAUAAGCACAUGGGGUUCUUUUAUAUCCAGGUAGCUGAGUCAGUUAUAGAAGAUAAGACCAAGGAAGAGAGGUGUGGGCUUAUGCAAGAGUGAGUGGAAUAUUGAUGUUCAGUAAAAAUAGAAACUUCAUUAACAUCCAGGUCACUUAUUGCAGGCAAAAAAAAAGCAAACUUUUACCAUUGGAUAGGUCUUUCUAGUCUAUUUUCAGGACUUGUGUUUGCAACUUUCAAUGUUCUGACAUUGUAUAGAUCAAACAAACAACAAUAAAUAGACAUGUAAUUGAUAUAGAAUUAAAAUUUACACAAAGGUUCAAUCCCUAAUUGAAAAUAGGUUUGUUGCAGUUAAAACACAAUUGUUUAUCAAGUUGCCUCUAAUUUGAAAUGCCCUGAAACACAACAAACAUCAUCCGCUAAUCGCCCCACUGGCAUAGAGAAAACAGGGAGCUUGAAUGCUGUCAGGCUGACGUUUACGCAACAGAAGUGGUAGGAAGUCACUUCCCUAGUGGAUUUUAAGAGAAUGAGAGGAAACAAAGCGAAACUUCUUUCUCUGUCUGACAGUGAUUUGGAAAAGUAGACUGGGGAGUUAGGGUUGGGUGCUGAUGAUCAGCUGGAACAAUUGCAUGAAGGAAUCUACAGCGCACAAGUACGUCAUUAAUCAGCACAACGUCUCACACAAGCUGGUGUGAAUGAAGGUUUUUUUUUUUUUUUGCUAUUUUCUUUUUAUUUUCAGAGCUAUAACCAAAACAACGCAAUUGUUUACAAAUAAUCCAAGCAGAUAAGAACAAAAACAAUGCUGUCUUCGCAUCAAAGAUAAAAUUGAACCAUUGUAACUUCAGUACCUCUCUUUUCUGUGUUUCCCCCAUUCUUUUUUUAAAGUUUUUGCAUGUGUAAAUAAAAAAUAAAAAAAUGUAUGCAGAAUAAAAAUGUAUGCAGAAUAAACACAACUCUAAAGCAUACAUGUACAAAACCCAAUUCCAUUGAAGUUUGGAAAUUGUGAUACACGUAAAUAAAAACAAUACAAUGAUUUGCAAAUCCUUUUCAACCUAUAUUCAAUUGAAUACACUACAAAAACAAAAUAUUUAAUGUUUAAACUCAUAAACCUUUUUUUUUUUUUUUUUGCAAAUAAUUAACUCAGAAUUUCAUGGCUGCAACCCGUGCCAAAGUAGUUGGGACAGGGGCAUGUUUAUGACUGUGUUACAUCACCUCUCCUUUUAACAACACACAAUAAACAUUUGGGAACUGAGGAGACUAAUUGUUGAAGCUUUGAAGGUGGAAUUCUUUCCCAUUCUUGCUUGAUGUACAGAUUCAGUGGUUUAAUAGUCCGGGGUCUCCGUUGUCAUAUUUUAUGCUUCAUUAUGAGCCGCUCAUUUUCAAUGGGAGACAGGUCUGGACUGCAGGCAGGCCAGUCAAGUACCCGCACUCUUUUACUACGAAGUCAUGCUGUUGUAACACGUGCAGAAUAUGGCUUGGCAUUGUCUUGCUGAAAUAAGCAGGAAGGGCGUCCAUGAAAAAGACGUUGCGUGGAUGGCAGCAUAUGUUGCUCCAAAACCUGUAUGUACCUUUCAGCAUUAAUGUUGCCUUCACAGAUGUGUAAGUUACCCAUGCCUUGGGCAAUAAUGCACCCCUAUACCAUCACAGACUCUGGCUUUUGAACUUUAUGUCGAUAACAGUCUGGAUGGUUCUUUUCCUCUUUGGCCUGGAGGACACGACGUCCACUAUUUCAAAAAACAAUUUGAAAUGUGGACUCAUCAGACCACAGAACACUUUUCCACUUUGCAUUAGUCCAUCUUAGAUGAGCUCAGGCCAAGAGAAGCUGGCGGCAUUUCUGGAUGUUGUUGAUAAAUGUUCCUGAGCCCAUGCGGUAAUAUCCUUUACACAUUGAUGUCGGUUUUUGAUACAGUGCUGCCUGGAUCGAAGGUCACAGGCAUUUAAUGUUGGUUUCCAGCCAUGCUGCUUAUGUGCAGUGAUUUCUCCAGAUUCUCUGAACCUUUUGAUGAUAUUAUGGACCGUAGAUGUUGAAAUCCCUAAAUUCCUUGCAAUUGUACUUUGAGAAACGUUGUUCUUAAACUGUUCGACUAUUUGCUCACGCAGUUGUUCACAAAGUGGUGAACCUCGCCCCAUCCUUGCUUGUGAAUGACUGAGAAUUUUGGGGAAGCUGCUUUUAUACCCAAUCAUGGCACCCACCUGUUCCCAAUUAGCCUGCUCAACCGUGGGAUGUUCCAAAUAGGUGUUUGAUGAGCAUUCCUCAAAUUUCUCAGUAUUUUUUGCCACCUUUCCCAGCUUCUUUGGCAUGUGUUGCUGCCAUCAAAUUCUAAAGUUAAUUAUUAUUUGCAAAAAAAAAAAAAAAAAAAGGUUUAUGAGUUUGAACAUUAAAUAUCUUGUCUUUGUAGUGUAUUCAGUUGAAUAUAGGUUGAAAAGGAUUUGCAAAUCAUUGUAUUCUGUUUUUAUUUACGUUUAUCACAAUUUCCCAACUUUAAUGGAAUUGGGUUUUGUAUAACAAGUCCACAUUGAAAUAAUUCCCAUUAGACAUACGUGCCAACAAAUAACCCAUAAAAAUAAUAAUAAUAAAAAAAAAACAAUAACAAAGUGCUCAUAUUUAUGCGUUUCUUUACAUACCCAAACUAUGCACUCUAUUAUAUUUUACAUAUUUGUGAAUUAAGUAUUUUUACUGCUUGUGUUAGCUUGGAAGAUGGAAGUAAAGACUGAAAUAUCGAUGGCUCCAUCUUCAAUGGGCUAAAGUUUUGUUAAAAACAGUUAGAAGCUUGUCUACCUUUUUCUGCCUGUCCCAAAUAAAGGCAAUAUGAUUACAUAAAAAAAGCCCAGGCUAUGAUACAAAGUUUUAUGGUUACUAUAAAUCAACACACAUGUGGUAAAAGAGCUCAACAUACUUGGGUACAUCACUGGUCAUUGUGCUACUUAAAGCCUGACCUGCUCUGUUGUAACCUCCAGUUUGUGUGACAGUCAGCUGACAGACUGUAAUCGAUCAUUUCUUCUUUCUGUGUCAGGCUUGUUUGGUUUUUAUGCCUUUGUAAUUUCUUCUUCUUGGUCUAGAUAGUUUUACAUAACAAACCAUUGUUAUGAUGGUUCACUGCAUCACCUGGCACAGAGCAAAUUUAACCUUGCUCCGUAUGUGCUUUGGUGUCCUUUUGUUUUUUUCUUCCACCUAUGUUUACUUAGGUAUUAUCUCCUUUUGUAGCCUGUUCCUCAAACAAGGCUUCAGCAUGUUAAUUAUGAUAUUUGUUCAAACUCCAAAAAAACCCAUGCUUCAUCAUGAGAUCUGUUUCUACUUAAUCUUGUUAAGAAGAACUGAUGAAUACAAUUGAAAAUGAUCUCAUUGUUUUCCUACUCCUUAUACUAUUUCAGCCUACAUGCUCUUUGUACUCAUCCCACAUCAUUUAGAGUUUUAUUAUUUGAAGCGAUAAGUCAAAAUCACUGAAUGUGAGAUAAGAGAGAUGUCGUGCCAGGGAGCAGUAAUGUGACUCUGAUGUCACAAAGUCAUGACACACAUCACAAUGAUUGUAGUCAUUAUGUUCAUGGUGAUGUUCUCAUACUGACUCUGUGUGUGUUUGUCCAUUAUCUCAUUUGUGUGCGCAGUAUCUGCUGCUGUUCUGUCUCUGGAGUACCAUUGCCAAUACUGUUUGUGCUUUAUUUAGUGGAAGAUUUACAAGUGUUUGUUUGGAAAAGGCUUCUGAUACCCUUAAGUGCUGAACGGAGUAUAGGGAAGUAUGUGAGUCCUUACUACCAAUUGAUAAGCACCAAGAUAUCAACAGUUCAAACUUGAAAUUAGUUCUUCUUUGCUGGUGUGAAACAGGAGUUUGUACAGCACGAAUGGCUGCCAAUGACAGCAGGCAAAAAGAGCAAGUUGAAGAGAAACAACAGUGCAAUGCUGGUAAGAGUGUGAUGGUUAUCAUAGCUAGAAAAAUGUCUGUAAUUAUUGUUUUCCCAGCACAUAUUUCUAAGGCUGCACUUUUAAAGGGGUGGUAUCAUGCUUUUCCACAUCUACAACAAAAAACUGCAAAGUUACAAAGUUUGGUGUCCAUAUUAGUAGUGAUGCACGAUAUGAAAAAUUUCAACCGAUACCGAUAACCGAUAAUUUUCUUCUUCUCAUGGCCGAUACCGAUACCGAUAACCGAUAAAUUCAUAUUUUUACAUUUAUUAUAAUCUUCAUAUAAUCUGCAGUUUGUGCAGGAUGCAGCGAUUGAAAACUGAUAUUUUUGUUGCUCUGGCCUAUCUAGAACAACAAACAAAAGUUUUUGGCUCUUCAAAUGUGGUCAUUUGCUAUAAAUAACAAUAACAGAGCAAAAAGCAGAACUUCAUUUGAUCCCCUGAACUGUUCAACAGAACUGUAAACUGUAAAGGAGCUAUUAUGAGCCGUUAGGCUUAGCAUGCUGACCGGACUAACAUCUGACGUCCAUAUGUCUGUGGUAAAACUCACGUGUAGUCCGUUCUUGUCGAUCAGGUUGUGAAUGUAUGUGGCGACAAUAUCAUAGAGUGCAGGAAGAGACACAUCCGAGAAGAAGCGGCGGCUUGGGAGAGUGUAACGUGGCUCCAAGUGUGCUAUUAACUUACGUAAACCCGGGUUCUCAACGACGGAAAAAGGCUGGUCGUCGACCGCUAUGAACUCCAUCACUUUGUCGUUAAUGGCUUUAGCCUUUUCGCUGUCUCUUGAGAAGCUUUUGCAGUUCUUAAACGCCUGCUGAAUGGGGACAUCGAUCCUCCAUAGUGUUGUUGUCUUAGCUUUAGUACCGCUAGCAGCUUCGGCGGCUGUCUCAUAGUCCUUUAAUACUGCUCCGCCGCGAUGGCGACUUUUCAGAUGAGCUAUCAGAUUUGUUGUGUUAAAACUUGACGUCUUCAUUCCUCCUCUUGGAAUCCUCGCUGAACAGGUUUUGCAUAUAGCAAUGCUGUUGUCAUCUUCUGCCACUGAGAGAAACGACCAUGCUGGUGAAGACAUUUUAUUAUCUGUCAGGCAGUGACGGGGUCAGGCUUGGGACCUGCGAGUAAGGCUUGAUAGACGACGUGACCAGCGCGUCUCGGACGGGCGGCUACUCCGCCUGCAAGCGUUACUCGUAAUUUCAUUAAUAUAUCGGAUCUUUCUAUCGGAAAAAUGCACCUAUCGGACCGAUAAAAAAUGACGUAAUUUCCCCCCAUAUCGGCCGAUAUUUUAUUGGUCUGAUAAAUAUCGUGCAUCCCUACAUAUUAGAUGUGUUUCAAAUCAUGAGAUAAAUGAAUGCUCUAAUAAUUGCACAAGAUUGAUGAAAACUGUUCAAAACGGGACCUUGUGAGAUAACGGGAGACUUGCUUAAGUAAUGACGUCAUAGCAUUAGUCUCUUCUUAUUGGUUCAUCUGAGCUUUUGGCACAGCUGGAUGGCCUGCCUCCAACAGCGUGUGAGGUGACACCCUCAGCAUAGUGGAGUAACACUGCUCUACUGUUUGAACACAAUAGGGGAGGCAGGGCCAAAACAUAGAGCUCUACUCUCUCUGUAAGCUAAAAUGAGUAUUUUUAUAGUGCUCUUAUCAUCAGGGUUUUCUAAUUGUUCAUAGACGCUCUGCUAAAUAUCUGCAAUAGAAGACACCUCCAAGACAGUUUGCAUGCAAGUAACAUCACCUUGUUACUCAGUAUUUUUCAUUCGCUGAACAUUUUGUAGAUUUGUCUAUGUCAGUCAGCGCUCACCUCGUACUGAGAGUAAUAGCUUUACAGUAGUUUGGUUGUAGAGAUUUAAAUCCCUUCUAACAGACUAGCUUGAAGGUUAAAAAUACUCAGCAAACAGUCAGUGAGUUGAGCACAAUUUAUUCAGUGAGGCUAAAGACAGGUUCACCGGUAAACAAUGUCAAUUUAACUGACAGAGUGUUGCCAACAUUAGCAAAGCUAUCUCCACCAGUGUUUGGUUCUCUGAGUGUCCACAUACCCAUGAUGGUCGUGUAUUGCCGUGGUGGGUUGGUUGUAUCCCAAUCCAAGAUGCUAACUUUUCUCUGUGUUUGUUUACAUCCAGUUGAUCAGUUUCAGCCCUUGUGGACUUGUGCAGUCUCGCACUGCAGGUCUAAUAUCUUUUAAGGUCAUGCACGUUUGUUGCUCAAGCUUUUAAGUGGAGAUUAGGAUUGGGGCAUUAAUUUGACUUCUUUCCAGGAAACGAAUUAUCCAUAGACGACCAUUACUUUCCAAAACAGUCUAGUAGAGUUGUUCAGAUAUGGCAUUUAUCAGUCAGUCAGUUUUGCAAUACCAAUUAUUUAACAGUAUUUUCACGCAGUUAUUAAAGCACUAUUUUAACAGCAGUCUGAACUCCACAGCUGAGUUUACACUGACAUGCUGAUGUUCAUGAUAGGUUUGUACGCUGGCUUGAUUUGGAAGUCAAAUCUUCUAAUAGAAGUCAAGCAUUCAGCUGAUGUGGAGCUUUUACUGCUGACCUCUAAGCAAAGUUGGACUGGAUUGUUACUGUUAUCAUCCAAGCUAACAUUCAUGCCAAAUCACACUGUCAUAUUACACCACAUUGAUCCACUCUAAAGCUCAGCACCCACAGGAUCUUUGUUGAGCGCGUUCCGUCAGUAUUGGUCUCUUCUCUGUUGGGCAGCGUGCUCCAUAGUCCACAUCUCGGUAGAAUCAAGGUCAUAGUGAAGUUGUCUUAGCUGCUGGUUAGAUGUGAUGUGUUUUUUCUCACUCGCUGCUCUUUGUGUUUUCUCUGCAGGAUGUCCCUGUAUCCAUCUCUCGAGGACCUUAAGGUCGACAAGGUUAUGAAGGUAAGUGUGUCAAGCAGAGAAGAUAUAGACAGAGACCUCUAUUUGUAGAUAAUCAGCUUUGCAGUCUGUUGAAGGCAGCACCAUUUUUGCCACUUUUUGUCUUAAUACGCAAAGUGGUUUGGCUUACUGGGUAAUGUUUUGAAGAAGCAAGGGUUUGCAAAACGGAGAAAUGACUCAAAUCUCCAAAGUGCAGGAACCAAGAAAGUAGAGACAAAACCACAGGGAUUGGAAUUACACUCAAAACCAUUCUGUGUAAUAUCUGCUGAAAUUCCAGUUAAAACUUGACUCACCACAGAUUGAAGAAAUGUUCUUCCGGUAACUUGUCUCGAUAUCCUGACUAAGCAUAAACGUGGACUAAAAUGUUACUUGUGCUUUUGAAACAGUCAUCUUGAAUGUUGGGCAGCGUCUGCAUAAAGGUUUGUUUUAGAAACAAAUUAUUUUAUCUCUGAUUAUAAAUAUCCUGUCCACACCACAAGAGCUCAUGGAUAUUUCUCUGUCUCCAUGACGACACAGAAACAGGUGAUGUGUAAUCAGUUUGUCAUAUCAAACAUUGUUGGGACCAUUGUGCAAAUGCUUACCGAGGAUCUUCUUGACAGCAGCAAAUAUAAACAGUUCAAAAAUAGACAGAGUGGCAAAUAAUGCACAGAGUGGCAAACUUAAAAACACUCUGUCACACUGACAAAGCUAUGGUAGAGGAUAAGCACCACUGGGGAAAAAAAAGUCCAAUAUAUUUUUUUAAAUUAUUAUUCUGAGAAAAAAAGUCAGAAUUCUGAGAUUUAAGUCAGAAUUCUGUGUUAACUCUCAGAUUUCUGUCUUUUUUCCUCAGAACAAUAAUAAAAAAAACAAAAAAACAUCAGACCUUUUUUUUUUUUUUUUCUCCAGUGGCUCUAUCCUCUUCCGUUCAAAGCUGCCCGCUGUGUUUUUAGCAUUUUAUUUAUCUAUUUUUUAUAAUCAGCUACAGGCUCUUGAGCCGGCAUAUCAACCGACAUAAACAAACCAGUAGUCCACCAUCUUUGAUUUAUCAUGCAUGUUUACCACAUAAACCUCUGUGUUAGUGACCGUAGAUUCUGUCUACAUGGGGAUGUAAGGCCAGAAAGAUAAACAAAAAGCCUUGUUUUCAUAAAUUUGAAUAUACAUUUGGAUGUGGCCUUAGACCGGGCUUUAAACUAAGAGUCUUUGAAAGAAGACAUGCCGAUGAAUUCAAGAAGAGCAGUCCCGGGGGAUGUAGGAUGCAGUGUUUGGGUCAAGAACUGUAUCACUUUAUUGUCCCCUUUGCAAGUUUCAUUCAGACCAUUCUUCUUUAAUAAGUGUCUCUCAGUUCCUUAGCUUAUUUUUAGAAACCACAAGUAUCCAAAUCACGAGAUAAUAAUGUUUUAAUAAACCAAUUCAAUCAGGGUUUGAGUGUGACUAUUCUCUCGUAUCAUUUAGCUUCUACAGAAAAGCCUUAUCAUGUAGAUAUUGUGUUUGACUGGUAUGUCUGAUGCUUUUUAGGCUCAGGCGCAGUAUGCCCACACUGCAACCAGCAUGCCAGCUAUCUCAGAGGGAGCCUACCAGCCUCAGCCUGCAGCUACCGGGAUGCCAGCAGCAUCAGGUGAGUCUCACAUGUACCUUUUACAAGAUUUGAAGAGAACAUUUCAUCCUUUUGUUGUGUUACAAACCUCUUCCUCUCAGUAGCAACAGGAGCAGAUCCAUUUUUAAUGUCGUGCUAGCUUUACUUCUUAUUUUGUCUCCUCACCCUUGUUUACUUUCCUUUUUCCCCCAAGUCUUAAGUAUUGGUGUGGGACCAAAAUAGAUUGAGUAAGGGAAAUGGGAUGGGAAGAGUUGUAAUAAUGGUAGGACUAUUACAAGAAUAAAUGGAAGCCCAACACCAGCUGUGCUGUAUCUCUCCUUCACUCUGUGUUCAUGUCUCUGAUUCUCUUUCCCUGAUUGUUUCUCUACUCAGAGGUUUAUGUUUUCCAGAGUUUGUGUCAAAGAAAACAUGAACUCGGCAGUAAGCCAGAGUGAGAAGUAAGAAAAGAGUUAAUCAUGGAAAAAGGGGCCAUUGGAGUCUACAGAGCGCAACUUUCAGCCUAUUUUCACUCACUUCUCCCCCUGUUUUCAUUCUCCCACUUAUUCAGUUUCUCUUUUCUCUGUUUGGAUUCAAAUCCUGUGGGCUUUUGGGCUUUUGUUUUACCUCGGCAGAGCUAGCUGUGUGUCACCAUGGAGACUAGCUCUGGCAGUUGUGCUGGGACUGGGCCUGAUGGGAGAAAGAGAGAGGAGGAGUUGAGAUGAAAGGAGGGAGGGAGAGACCCAGGAGGUGUAGGGGUGAGCAAAAUGAGAGAUGAGAGGAGUUUGUCCCCCUGGUGUGGGGAAUGGGAACAUAGAGAGAGUUAACUGUGAAAGACUUGAUUGACAUCAGCACUAGAUGAUAGGCCCGCUCGAUGCACUAAUGAUGUACAUUGGCAGUCUCUGCAAGCAACAGGAUGGUUUUGAUGAAUUCCCAGUAAGAAAACACAGAAGAUUCAUUCUAAUCUGUGAUUUCUAUGUGCAACAUGCAGGUUAUAUGCAGCUGUGUCUUUCUCUCUAGUACCAGCUGGGUUCACCAUCCUGGUCCUGGUGCAGUAGUUGAGCUCAGCUUACUGUAACCUUGCUAGCUCUAAGGCACGGAUCAGGGUAAGACCAAGACAAGACUGACAAUUUGUAUAUUGUCAUUUUUCACGCUUGAAUCUGGUGCAAGGUGUUAGGUGUCAGCCGAGCAGCUGAAGAAACAGCCCUGUUUUUACAGUUUCUACAUAAAAUGUUCAUAAUAAAUGACAAUUGACUUUCAAAAGACAUCAGGAUGAGAUUUAUUGUCAAAAGGCACGACUUCAGUAUUUAGACAAGGUAAGCAAAGGCUGCCUUGUCAACAGGGGCAGCCAAACAUGACCCUAACAGCAAAUUCCACCCAGGAGCUAGAAGUAUUUUUGAUCAAACCAGCACAGAGCAAGGUCCAGGUUCCUAAUAUUAUAAUUCAGUUGUCUUUAAUUGCAUGAUUAUGACUUACCGAUGGAGAAAAGCUGAAAUGGCACUGCUUGCUUGGUUCCUAGCAUUAUGAAGUUGCCACAUAUUUCUUUAAACCCUGUGUUUACCAAGGGUACUGUAACACAAUAAACAACCCCUUUAAGCAUCUGAUACUUUACCACUUUUUCAAAGACAAAAAAGUUCAUCAAAAGUGCAUCUCAUACUCUAGGGGUGGGAAAAGAAAUAUGGAGAUAUUUUGUCUUAUUAUAUUGUAAUUAAUUUUCAAAUUAAUUGUUAAUAUGGAGUCAAAUCUAUGAUAAUGGAAAAAUAAAAUCAACUGUUUGUCUCAUGAGGUUGGCAGAGGUGACAUCAUAGAGCAGGAGAAAGUUAGUGCAACAAAUAUAGCAGCACCUGGGGAAAGACAUUAGGAAUGCAAGCAGGGCACAAAUGAGAUGGACCUGACACAUAGGGUUUGCAAGAAGUGCUACAUGAAAAUAAAAUGCAGUGUAAAUUAUACAAACAUAAAGGACAGACAAAUGCUAAAUUAGCUAAACUGCUGAAAAAAUUGUAUAGAUCGCAAUAUAUUGUACAGCAAUACUCAGUGUAUUGUAAAAUGUUGAAAAUCCCAAUAAUAUGGUAUCAUGGCCCAAGUAUCGUGAUAAUAUGGUAUCAUAGGGCCAGUGGUGAUUCCCACCCCUAUUAUACACCAAAUGUUGGGGUCAUGAAGUACAGUACUAGGCAGUUUGUAGACAUUGCUAUUGUCCAUUUUGUUCACAAAUUAAUUGAUAUUAUUCUUAAAUGCAGUUACAGUUUGUAACUACAUUUUGCUGGGUAAUUGUGCUUUUCAGUUUUCCAUGAACUAAAGAACCACACCAGUAGCGCUUCAGUUCCCUUUUAAAAUCUUGUGAAGUUUGAAUCUCAAAGACUUCAUGGGGAACACAAACACCUUAAAAGAAAGAGAGGAACAAAUAUUACACAGUCUGCAUCCGAUUUUUAGAGAUACGCAACAGUUCAAAAGAAUAAACGAGUGAUACAUUCAGUCUAAUAUACAGACUGAUUAUUGUCUGAGUUUUUUUUCUUGGGGCAUUAAAAGAGGACAAUGGACCCGAUAUACAGAAACAGGGACUUAUGUUUAGGGACUGUCUCUUUAACACUGUUGCUCAGUGUAGAUUUUAGGGGAGGAAUGGCUUAGGUCAGGGAUAAGCCCAGUGCAGUACAGCUGAUUUGAAUAAAAAUAGCAGACCACUUUAUCAAGCCAAGAUCAGAUGUUUUUCCUUCAUCUUGGUAGCUGUAGCAGAAAUUAGGAGAUAACUGAAUAAAAAAAGAGUGAAGAAAUCUCCCCUAAGUUCUGAAUAGAGAACUGCACUGGCUGGAUGUUCUCUGUUUUCAGCAAUCAUGAAACACCAAUACUUAGAGGUUAGAGUGUCUGCACCAUGUCAAGCACUAUCACCCUGUAGCUAUGCACACAGUGAUUUCUGUGUACACAGGAGUGCAUGUAUGUGAUUAUAGUCAAUGACAUGUUUACUCAAGACUUGACUGCACUUGGUGUAAGUAAUGUUGCUAAAACAAAGAAAAUCUCAAGUUCAAGAUUUUAUUGAUUAAGUAAGGAUAAAAAUCAUCAAGGUGAUAAAGAUCUGUUAAGCUGUUGUGUUUGACUUUUGUCAGUGUCUGACCUAUUUGCUCACACCACUUCCUUUUUCAUAUACCUAAAAAGUAUAGAGCGCUGCAUGUCAUCAAGAACCUGCCCAUUUGAUUAUCAUCACAAUACACGAGUUAUUGUGUAAUAAAGCAAAAGAUAUACAGCAAAGCAGUGUUUUUUUGUUAGCGGUAUGUGCAUUUUUUCUUGUUCUUAGUAACUUUUUUUUACAGCUAGAAGUUUAAAAUAGCUAAGGUUCCUGUUGAAACUGUUCUAAGUGGGCAGAGGCUUUAAACCAUAGACUGUAUAUAGAAUGGACGCCGUCUGCCUCCUCACUGGAUGAAGCCACCAUGAGAACAGCACCCUCUGGUGACAGGCUGCAGUAUAGGCCAUAAAUCAUGCCUCUUCCAGCAAUCCCUAUGGAGCUGUGGACAAACUUUAGAAAUUAAUAACACAGAAUAUGAAAUUUUGUGGAGAAGUGGAGAAAAUACCAAGAGCAAUUCGGCUCAAUAAUGGUGGAAGGCGGAGCCAAGUUGUCCAUAGUAUCUACAGUCUAUGCUUUAAACAUGUCACAAAACUGAAACAAAGCAAAGAACAACAGUUGGCAUCUAAACAUCAGAGGGCUCACAGUGACAAUGAGACAAAUGUACAUGUUGGCAUGCAAAAAAAGUUCUCUUUCAGCACUGAACACACAGUUGAGAGCUGCUAAAAACAUAAGUACUUUAGUAAGUAUCUGCCCAUAUAUCAAAUAACUAUGCAAUCAGGAUUAUGUCAGAAAAAAUUGUGCUGUCCAGAGAACCUGAGAGGAACAUGAAUUCCCAAACCAAAUUUACUCCAAAUGUAUUUCAGAAAAAUCCAAUAAUGUAUAAGCUUUGGAUGCAGGAAAUAUGUUUGCAGAAAAUUGGACACCAAUUUACCCGUUUUAUUUGUUCGAAAACUCCAGUUUGGAUCGCUGUGGUUUAGUGACUGACUGCAACUCCUAGAUGCGUGCUGCUGGCAAGGUUAAAAGUAGGGUUGUCAACGAAUAUUCUAAAUUUUAUAUAUUUGAAUAUUUAAAAAAAUGAGAUUUGAAUGUAAAAAUUAAUACUCAAAUAUUAAACAAACAGUGGGAAAACUGCGGGGAAAAAACGAAAAGAAAAAAAAACAGCGGCUGCUUUGCGAGUGAGCGCACUCUAACGAUGGGUCACAGGAGCUGCACCUGCUGUAAGACUCGACAAAAACCGUCUGUGGCACAUGUAGAGGGAGAUGGAGGGAUGUUCAGAGCUAAAUUCAGAGUGAGUGGUCUGGACUCCAACAAACUUUGGAAGCUCCGUUUGGAAAUUCUUUGGACUUUGCACAGACAUGGUAGACGGAAAAAAUGCAGAGUGAGAUAAAGUUACAUGCAAGCUGUAUAAGCUAGAUAUUCAAAUAUGUAGGUACCUAUGUGUUAGUUUUAGAACGAACAUUCGAACGUCAUUUUGGAGCAAUUUUGACAGCCCUAUUAUACAGGCGCAUACACCAGCGCUGAUGAAGAGUUAAACUUGUUCAAUAAACAGUGCUACUGUUAGAAGUGGUUUGAAGAAAAAUUAAAUAAGCUUUGUAAAUGGUGAAUACCUGCUGUUCCCAUGUAUUCUACAUUGUAACCGCUUGCUUUAAUUCAGCUUGGUUUCUGUCUCUUCGUCACCUUCCUCACAUGCCCUUUCUUUCACCUUUGCUGAGACUAAUGCAGUCGUCUGCUGCAAAGGCAGGGCCAGGCUCCUGUCACAGGCUUUCUAUCAUAACAGGGGAUUGAAUACUGAUGCCAGGAAAGUUUUGCUGCACUGCAACACAGAGUGCUCAUUAUUAGCAUUCCUCCAAUGGAGGCCUAAACCCAUGUGAUGGACAGCAUGAAUAAAAUAUAAGGUGAAGGAAAGAAUGAGAUUCACUUAAACCAUUGCUUCUGUUUGUAUAUCUGUGGGUCCAAAAACAUGAUCAAAUUGAUCAUUUUAUAUAUGUCGGUUUGAAAUAGAGAACUGAGAUGAAGUACUGUAAUUUACUUUCUCUUUGCACUCUUUCUCUCCACUUCUUUGUGUCCUCCUUCCAAUCCCCUCUCUUUGUCCUUCUGUCACUUCUCUCCUCUUCCUUCAGGCUUGUACCCAAACCUGGAGGAGCUGGGAGACUACAUGGGUCUGGCUCUCAACAGUGAUGAAGUCCAGAGGAACCUGGCACUGGUGCCUGUGGCUGACAGUGUAAGUGUUGGAAAGUGUGUCAGUGCAGGAAAACAACUUGAAGUGAGGAUGCGUGAUUAAAUAAAAAGAAAAACACCAGAGUUUCAGGAUGACACUCCCAUGACAUUGUUGGAGUCAGGAUUGAGAGAGGCAGGUUACAGAGCUCCAGAGUUUACCCAUCUAACUUCAAAGUUUGAAUCCUCUGUGUCAGCCAACGCUGACUUAGUUGACAUCACUCCAGGACAGUUAUCUGACUAAACACAGCUCCCUCUAGAGACACAGAGAGGUCUCAUACUGCUGUCUCCUUAAACAGUAGAAAAGUUUGGUUGAACUCGUCGAUUAGUUCCAGAAAAGUUGUUUUGUAAAAUUGAACAAAAACACAAGAAAGGCUUCAACCAUGAUCACAUUAAAGCCUCUCGAUUCAAACCAUCAGCCGUCAGAAAUUCAAAACCUGAUUUUAGUGGAAAGAGAAAUCACAACAGCACUCUGUUCCUGGAUAUCCACAUCACUGAGUGACUCACCACAGGCCUGGAGCUGUGUGUGGGAGAGUGUGAGCUCUUCACUCCCCCUCUCUGUGUGUGUGUGUGUGUGUGUGUGUGUGUGUGUGUGUGUGUGUGUGUGUGUGUGUGUGUGUGUGUGUGUGUGUGUGUGUGUGUGUGUGUGUGUGUUCUACGGAUGUCAAGACUCUCUCAGCUCCCUAGCUUAGUCAGCUGGCAUGUAACGAUCUGUGUUCUCUGCCAUUAGCUGAUAUCUUCACCUCCAACACGGUGUUUUCUAAUGUUGAUCUUUAAAGGCUUGAAGCCCCCGUAAUUUAGUACUCCUCUCAGUCUUCAUCUGUUUCUCUCUUCAUCUGUUUUUUUUUGCUUCCCUUUCCUCCUCAGCAAGUGGCUCUGCCCUCCAGCUCUGCAUAUGGAGCCAUGGUGCGGCCCGUGACGGGGGCAGACAUGGGCAUUCAGAGGGCGGAGAUCCGUCCUGGGCUGCGGGAGAUCAUUCUCUGCAAGGACCAGGACGGGAAAGUGGGACUGCGGCUCAGGGCCAUAGACAACGUGAGUCAGAACCACAAAACAGUUUCCACAUGAAUUAUUCAGCCCAGACUGACUUUCAUUAACGGCCCUUUGACAACAAACCAGUGACACAGGAAACCCACACCCACUUUUUCUAUUUUUGAGACAAGAUCAGGAAGAUCUGGGUCAGAGUCUGCCUCACUCGAUGUAAACAAUCAUGUUCAGCUGUUUCUCUUGGUGUAUGGAACAUCUUGUGAUCUGUUGUUUUCUUAUCUUAAUAUUGACAUUAAUAAGGUUUAUUAAAGGCCGAGUUUAAAGUUCAGCAAUCACAGUUUGUCAAAAAAUGAGGAAAUUCCCCUCAACUCAAGUAUUUUGAACACAGAGCUGACUUUUUGUUAGUGCCCCGCCCCUGCAGGUCAGAAAGGUUUUCAGCUUUCAGCAUCAAAUCGAUGCAGUUUUCUAAAGCUAACAUGUUUGUUUUCAAAAAUUCUUACAUUUACAUAAGGCACCACAAACACACCAGACAACAAUUACAAUGCUUAUCAGUAUGAGGUAUACUGACAAGACAAUACUCCUAAAUUGAAGUCAUAUUUUCAUAGUUUCAGUCAAGUUUUAGCGGAUUAAAGGUUCAAAACAUUUUGGUCUAGUUUUUAGUCAGUUCAUUUUAGUUUGACCCUGAGCUUUUUGUGCCCACACUGAUUUAGUUAUCCGAUCAGACAUCUGUAUCCAGGUUAAACCAGGUUUUUAAAUCCUGAAUCAAUACUUCACUGUCUUGACACUUUUCCUUUUUAGUCAAGGUGAGGGAAGUGGUAAUGAGGAGAAACAUACUUAUUAAUCUUUGUUUCUAUUAUUUAGUCAUGUACCUGGUAUUAAUUAUACUUAGGUCAUUUCACAAUAAAGGCCUUCAUUCACAUGGAGUUGAAAUCAAUCAAAAGCACACUCAGGAGCUGGUCUGUAGGUAGCUUUAGUUUGUAGAUUAGAGCAGCAAACAGAGCUCUGUCUGUGUUUAAUCUCUGGUAAAUUACUUUUAAUAGGGCAGUGGUAUGCACAGGUACACAGGGUGCCAAGUUGCCCAGGGUCUGAAAUUAACACCUGCUAAAGACUGGCACAUUUUUCUUUUUGGGAGCAAGUCUCUGAACAAAAUCGUAUUCGACUACAGAAACAGUCAAACAGAGAAACUAAAACUUGAAACCAGCUGGGCUGUUUGAAAUGGAGGUUCCCAGAAACUCCACCUUCUCACAAUCCACAUGAUCGAUUUUCUCUUAUGCCUAUCAGCUAAUCAGGCUGAAAAACUCUGCUUAUUGAUUAUAAUCGUUUAAAUAAAUUAUGGGAUGCUCUUCUGAAUGGGUCCCAAAUUACACGUUACUGGACACAUUUUUUUUAACUGCAUAGAAGGGAAACAUGAUUCAGAUCCAAAAGUUUCUGUGUUUUCUCAAGUUUACAGUCAUUUUCCUCUUUAGGGUUGCUCCUUUGUUUCAAGCUCCCCUAACAGUGGCUCUGUUGCCUCUUCCUCUGUUCCUUGGACUCAUUCAGGAUAGUCUAUCUGUUUCCUCUUUCCUGUCUUAGGGUGUAUUUAUCCAGCUGGUGCAGGCUAACUCCCCUGCAGCCCUGGCCGGCCUUCGUUUUGGUGACCAGGUUCUUCAGAUCAAUGGGCAGAACUGUGCUGGUUGGAGCAUUGACAAGGCCCACAAGGCUUUGAAGGCGGCUGCCGAGACCCGCAUCGAGCUCAUUGUCAGGGACAGGUGAGGCAGACUUACCGUAGAUGUAGAUCACAGCAAUAAGGAGUGUUUCCUAAUUCAUCUUUCCAGCUGUUUAAUUUACCUCAAGAAAAAGAGGUUUUAUUAGAUAAGUUGUUUGAAUGAUUGCUUAUAAAUGUAAACCUCACAGAUUUGAACUGUAGGGAAAAUAAUAACACAUUUUUAGAAAUGUGUUUGUUUAUCGAAGUGUCAUGGUUCUCAUUAGAAGUAGAAAUGUUUGGCGCCCUCUGCUGGCAGUUUGAGUGAUCUUGACUUUACCUUUGGGAUGUCAUUUUAGAUUGAAGUUUUAGAACCUUAUAAAAUUACUUUUUUUUCUUUAUGUUUUCUGAUUCUGAGGAUCCAUUUCUGUCUGUGUACGCAGAAGUAAUUUUUGAUGCUGGCUGCUUAUCUGUGGAUUUCUAAUCCUGUCUUUAUCACCCGUGUCUCUCCAGACCAUUUCAGCGCACCAUCACCAUGCACAAAGACAGCUCAGGUCAUGUGGGCUUCGUCUACAAGUCUGGCAAAGUUACAUCCCUGGUUAAGGAUGGGUCUGCUGCUCGCAACGGACUGCUGACUGAGCAUUACAUCUGUGAAAUCAACGGACAAAACGUGAUUGGACUCAAGGUAUAAAAAAAUUCUUCUUCAUAUUAUUAGAUAAAAUUGUUAUUACUGGGUCUGACCUGUAUUCAAGGAAAUAUGUUUACUGUGAUACUUUUGUGAUAUUUGGUGGCUAAUGUGAAUUUUGUGUUGGAUAGCUGCUUGCAUACUGGCAGAGUGUAGUGUAAGAUUGGAUCAGAAAGCAUUUUUCAGUAAGUGCAGCAUUUACCGUCUUCAGGUCUGUUCAGAUGUUAAGUCAACAGGUGUUUAGACUGUGUCAGUAAUGUGUUCAUAGUUUUCUUCUAGCCCGGUGUUAGAUUUUCAGUUUGAUCCUUUGUUAAAAUGAGGCCUUUGACCUGACAUGUUUUUAGUCCGGAUGUUUGAGUUUUUCUUUUAACAUACAUUUUCAUCGUUUUUUCAUUUUCACUCUUUUAACUGCUUCUUUUUGAAAACUGCAGGACUCUCAGAUUAAGGACAUUCUGACCACCUCUCCAACCGCCAUGACCAUCACCAUCAUGCCCAAGUUCAUCUACGAGCACAUGAUUAAGAGGUAGGACUCACAGUUUUUUUCAUCGAUCUGCUGAUCAGCCAGUGCAGAUACAGUGAACUCUUGGAAAAUGAAAAAUUCAACCCUCUUUGUUUGUUGUUUUUAUUUCCUCUGUUUUCAUUUGUAAUGGUCUAUUUUUAUGGAUUUUCAAAACUACUAUACGUGUGUCUCCUGCCCUUUGUCAUGAUGUAUUUUUAUAUGUUGUUCUCAUAUGAAGCACUUCUUCAUUGCUACACUGUGCAAUAUAGUAAAUAAGCCUUGCUUUGACAUCCUGACUGCUACGUACAGAGCUUUGGGCUACAUCUUGUCUACACAGCAUAUGAGCAGUGGUUCUUCUGUGUUUCAUCAUCACUUUACUUAUUUAUUGAUAAACCAAGUUAAUGUCAGUUUAUCUAGUAAGACUUCACACCAGUCAGUCCAAAUACAGUCGUGUAUUCUGGUAUAGACCAUCACAGUCUCCCCUGAUUUCGGAUGCAGUUUUUACUGCUAGUUUUUAAUCAUAAAUACGAGAGAAAUGUCAGACAGUUGAAAAUGUCCUAAAGGAUGCACUUCCUGUUUCUGAACCUUUUUUAUUCCCCACUAUUUUCAUGUUACUGUCUGGCUGGUUCAGAUCGUAAACACCCUUGCAGCAUCCCUCUCUCCUCUCUGUUGCUGACUUUGAAUUACAGUUUCUUCGUAUUACAUGAUCAUAUCUGCAGACACACUCACCAGUGUGAUUGUUUUUUUUUUGGUUUUUUUUUUCAGGAUGUCCACUGGUCUCCUGCGGUCAGCCAUGGAUCACUCUGUCCCAGAGGUGUGAAGACAAGGAGGAGGGCUGUAAACUGUCAGGAUGUCUAAGAUACAGAGUUAUCUUUCUCUCUCUCUUUCUCUCUCUCUCUUUCUCUUUCAAACUCUUGUUCUCUUUUUACUCAUUCCCCCUCUCUGUCUCGCUCUCUCUCUUUCUGUAUUCAUACCAAACCACCUCUUGCAUCACAAUCAUCUUCCCCUCCAUUUUCUCAUCUUUAACAUUUUUAAGAUGCCUUUUUUUCUAUUCUUGAGUUGCUGAACAUCUUUUCUUUUCUUGCCUUUCCUUACCUUCGUUGACAUGUCCAGAACUUUUUAUAUGUUAACCUUCUGUGCUUAGUAUUACAUUUUUAUCCUUGUUUUGUAUCUGAACUCAAGGACAGUACAAACAUUAUGUUUUUUUUUCUUAAAGCCAUGCACACUAUCAUAACUCCAGAGCUUCCUCCUCAUUGUGGAGAGACGAAUCAUGAUAUUUCAUCUUGUUGAAAGCUGUAAAAGCCAACGGUCAGUUAUCAGAGCACUACUCCUUAGAUAACGACUGUGCUCCUGUCCCUGCACUUGGCCCCUUCAUGUUUGUACAUAAAAAUCUGAGCUGAGUUCAUACCCAAGGCCUCAAGUGUAAAAAAAAAAAGGCUGACCUGUUUUUAGAUUUCUGUGUACAGUUGUUUUUACGGGGCCAGUAAAACUAACACAUUUUAGCAUUAUUGUUUUAAGUUUCUAUCGUGUUAAUCGGUGAAAAAAACAAACAAGUCUUUUAGUCUUUUUGUUGAUCCCUAACAUUUAUGGUCCCUGGAUUCUAACAUGUAAUGGAGGUUACAACUUCUCCAUGAAAUAGUGGCAUAUCAUUGAACCACGUUUUUCCUGUUUCUGCAGGUAAAUCUCCUGAUGAGACACUGAGGGUUGAAUUUGUUGGUACAUUCCAGGGGAGGUGUAGGGAAAGGGGCAGCAGUAGACGUUUGUUGCGCUAUGCAGCUGGGAUUGAGUCCUGUCCAGUAAGAACUAUGAGAUGGUGAAAAGCAAAAGGAAGCAGGACCACAGUGCAGUAGCUGUCUGAAGUGUAGUUAAAAUUGUUGUCGCCAAUGGUCUAGUGUUUCAAGUAAUUUCGAGGGAAUUGUUGGCAUUUGUUCAAACGGGAUAUGUGCUGGACAGACCCACUAAGUGCACUUUCCACUACCUUUUUAAGGGUUGUCUUUCCUGUUUCCAUUUCAACAGUGGUGUUCUGUUUUUUAUUGCUGUGUUUGUGGUGCCUCAUGUCAAUGAGAGAACUCUUGAAAACAAACAUGUUAGCUUUAGAAAACGGCAUAAAUUUGAUGCUGAAAAUCCUGUGCUCAUGUCAGAGUUCAAAUUCCUCAUCAGGUUUAACCAACAAACUGAUGCUCCUCUGCUAAGUGUUGCUGAGAGGACGCCCCUCUCCCUCUGUAAUAUUCCUUCCUAUACCGAGGAGCACAAUGAAAGCAAGGCUCACAGUUGUGAACUUGUGCUUGUUAUGUAAAGUUGCUCCUCUAAUGCUGUUCAUGUUUGUAUGCAUGUAUCUCUUUAAUUUUCUAGGUAUGCAAUCUGAUACACAUCACUGUCAUUCUGUAAGAAAAUGCUAGAAAAAUCUAAAAGUUUAUAUACGAAUGUGACCAAGAUAAUAUUGUAAAACGAAUAAACAGUCUGUCUGUUCACAUAAA